UGCGUUUUCUGCCUGCUGCUUGGCAUGAACCAUCGACGACAUGCGGUCUUACUAGCAGCGCCGAUCCAGCUGAACGAGCAGCCCGCCCAGGAGACUCUCAUGGCCCCUACACAGAUAAAUGAAUUGGUGUCUGUUGGAGUGCCUGUAGGCUCGAAUAUAAUGAAAAAUCCACCGAUGGUGAUGGCUAACAACAAGAGUGGCAGUGAGCAGAUAGAGGCUGACGGUAAGCAACGUCGAGGUCGAGCUGUUUUUUAUCAAAACGGGACAGGGGAAACGAAGACAUGGCCCAAAGAGCUGACCAUCCCACUAGCACGCGGAAUGGUAGGCAUCAUGGGCAGGGCAAAGCCUAUAAACCCCUGGACCGUCACCUACGGCGAUGUUUGGAGGGAUACGCGACUCGCUGCCCAGUGGAUGAGUCGGGUGCCCCGAAUCCAUUUGGCGUCGUCCCCCGUCGUUGACUACUAUCCCGACGAUAAGAAAUUGGUCAGCGUGUGCUAUCCUCAUAAAACAAGAUCGUCCAUUGCCUUGUACCAUAUUUAUGGCAUAACAAUGGUUCCAUGGUUUAAAAGACAUAUCUACAAGAAGUCCUUCAGAUACAGGAAACUUACCCCCUUAAGGGACGCUGAUCAUCAGAAAUUGGAAUAUGAGGACUGCCACAAUAAAUCGACACUGAAGACAACAGUUUUAGAGCAUUUGGAAUGCACCUCGACAGCCUUUGCGAAAAUGACACGCAGUCUUGGAUAUUAUCCAAGACAUCAGAAUUUUUGGUUUUACCCAUCCGUCGAAUAAUUUAUGUUGCCCACAAAUGGCGAGAGCGGCAAAAGCGCUUGCACCUAUGUAGGUGGCAAACGGUAGUGGUUAGUAGAAACACAGCAAACCAUCAGGAGAAAUAUCUCUACCGAUGCCCUCUGGAUAUGCGAUGGCAAACCGCAGUUUGCAACAAAUGUUUAUGAUGACAAUUAAUUGCGUUUGACCGAAAAUUAGGGAAUUACAAAAACUGUUAAACUGUUUAAAUGGAUUGCCAAUUUAGCGAUCCAUUACUCUACGAUAACUUUCUGUAUAAUGUACGCAUUUUCGUGAAUAUAAUAUUUGUUUAUAAA